UUGGAUGACAAGAUUUCAAUUAUACUAAUGGUGUAUGUACACACGUUCACGGUGUGCUUUCUCUUUGUCCGUGAGGAGGUUUUGAGGCUAUAGCAGUGGCACGUGGCGUCUUUCUCUGCUUCUCUUGGGUUCCCCUCAUCUUGCUGGUACCACACCCAGCUUAGAGUUGUGGCAAUGGAACGGGUAGAGCAGCACUUGGGCCACGUCACAUGAGGGAAAUAUGUGUAGCCACAGAGGGAACAAGCUCCCUAGUGCUGAUACAAGGCACUAGGCUUGAUCCCGACUAGGAAACCGAAGAUUGACGUCCCGGUCCUCAAAGGUGGCUCCUUGCUGAACCCAGCACGCAUAUCCCCUUUUCUCUAGGACCAAGGCCCAUCAUGCAAGCCCAAGAGUCGCCUUCCCCCUUCUGGUGGCCUUGCUUCCCCCUAGACUGGUCACCACUUCCUACCCACCUUUUAUCUCCUGCCCUCUCUCAAAGAGGAACUGCUGCUAUCGGUAGCAACUGCUUUCCUUUGGGCUUAUUCUGAGGUAUUAUGUGACAUGCAGUGUGCUGCCUUUGCCUGAGAGCGACUCGGACAGCAGAUGUGCGCGCUGGGUCCCUGUGAGGUUCUGCAAGUAUGUGUCUGUCCCCUGCUCCGGGCUGUGCAACACAUAGAUUGAUCUGUGUCAUCCUCUGUGUUGGCCACCCUCUCAGCUACACGACCCCGCGGAGGGGUGGGAGCUGCUUCCCCCGAAGACUGUGCAGGCAGGGAAGAGCAAACAGAGAUGAGGGCUCUCCUGAUGGUGUGUCUGGCCGCUGUCCUCUGCGUGGAGGUUGCUAACUUGCUGAUGUGCUACACCUGCACCAACCAGACCAGCAAUGAUCAGUGCCUGACAACUUCCCCAUAUACCAAAAACGAGACAGCCUGUGCGACUAUAGUUGAGGAGAAAGGUGCUGGCAUUCACCAACAGAAGUUGAUCAGCAAAAACUGUGUUUCGGCUUGCAGUGCGUUUCAAGACCUUUACGAAUGUUGCAGUCAGGAUAACUGCAAUCGCAGCGAGGCAUCUGGGAUGUGCCCUCCCACGCUGGUGCUGGGAUCUGUAGUUCUGGUCAGUGUUGCCAGGCCCCUUCUCUGGACUGGACUGUAAUCAAGUCCCUGUUGAAUAACCCACGCAAGCUGCUUUAACCCAUCCUGGUCCCCCAGCACCUCCAGUCGUUUUGUCCUUCUGUUCCCAGAAUGUCUUCUGAACAUCUGCUGUUCAGGCACGG